GGUGUUUUUGUGACGAAGUGAAAAUGGCGGAUGAUGUACUACAUUAACUUUGUCGUGAAUUCACACAGUGGAGCUGUCUAAAUAAUGCUUACUUUCACUUAGAAUAGAAAAGUUACUAGACGAGUUUAUUCGGAGUGCUCAUUUUAUUAGUUAAAAGAGGACUAUUUGAACCGUUGGAUUUUCCCCACUGUGAGCGCGAGUUUAAGUCUUGUGGAAAUAUGUUUUCAUUUGAAAUUUGAACCGGGAUUAUUUUGUGUUUCUCGCCGCACUCUUUAUGGUUGUCCACAAUAUUAAACGCUGUACAUAUAAUCCGUAUGUACGAGCAAGAUCCCAUAUCGCUUUGUAAUGUAAAUAUUUGUUUUGUUGUACGUUAGGCUGGUUAGCGGUUGGUGCUGAAGCUCGUUCUCGAUCAUCAGCAGCGCUUAGCUUGACCAUCUUUUAUGGUUGUUUUAAUAACCUGCCCUCUUCCACUUUUUGUGUGAGAUUAUAAUACAAUAGUUUUGUAGUAUUAAGGAGCACGCUGAUAUCGUUAAACCCGCUUCUGUGUGAACGAACCUGCUGACAAGUUCAAAAACAAUUAGAUUUUUUUUAAUGCAGCAAUUAUUCAUGUAACGUAUGGUUAAACGGACACUGAUAUAAAGUGACAGUCAAACACAGUUGGAGCGGUUAUUUAAAACGCGAUAAUCUGACGUAGGCGUGUUCGUUGGCGCGUGAUUCUUCAUCCUGACGAUGGACGAUCCGAAACCGCGCUACAGCAAGCGACUGCGGUCUGGCACACGGCGGCGUUACCAAGACGAUGGCCUUUCCGAUGACGAGAUCGAUGGAAAGAGGACUUUCGAUCUGGAAGAGAAGCUCCACAGCAACCGUUUUGGCUCAGACCGAGUCAAACGCAUGGAGGGCAAAGACCUCACAUAUGAGUACAUUCAGAGAUGUGGGCUUCGGGACCCCAUUGUGUUUGAGAGACCUGAUGGACUUGGCAUCAAAAUGCCAGAUCCAGACUUCAGUGUAAAUAAUGUGAAGUCGUUAGUAGGAAGUCGGCGUAUGAUUGACGUUAUGGAUGUGGAUACUCAAAAGGGGACGGAGAUGUCAAUGAUGCAAUGGAAGAGCUAUUAUACGACUCCUCCCUCUCAGAGAGAGAAGCUUUAUAAUGUUAUCAGCCUUGAAUUUAGCCACACUAAACUAGAGAGUUAUGUCCAAAGACCUGCCACGGUGGACAUGAUUGACUGGGUGGACAACAUGUGGCCAAGACACUUGAAGGAAAGACAAAGAGAUGCCACAAAUUCUAUCACUGACAUGCAAUACCCUAAAGUGCAGAAGUACUGCCUAAUGAGCGUGCAGGGCUGUUACACAGAUUUCCAUGUAGACUUUGGAGGCACAUCUGUGUGGUAUCACAUACAGCGGGGCUGCAAGGUGUUUUGGUUAAUCCCGCCCACGCCACAAAACCUGGAGCUUUAUGAGAACUGGGUGUUGUCAGGGAAACAAGGCGACAUCUUCCUUGGUGACAAGGCCACUGAUUGCCAGAGGAUUGAGCUCAAGCAGGGCUACACCUUCAUCAUUCCUUCAGGAUGGGUCCAUGCUGUGUACACUCCAGUAGACACACUUGUAUUUGGUGGGAACUUUCUACAUAGUUUUAACAUCCCCAUGCAGCUCUACAUCUCCAACAUUGAGGACAGGACACGGGUGCCAGCUAAGUUCCGGUAUCCAUUCUUUCAUGAGAUGUGCUGGUAUGUGUUGGAGCGUUAUCUGUACAGCAUGACCAACACCUCCUACCUCAUCCCUGAGUUUCAGAAAUACUCUCUGGGAAUUGGCUUGAGGCAGAAAGGCUCCGGUUGUGAGGUACUAAAUGGCCAUGCUGAAGAGGAAAUGGAUAACAACGAUGCUCCAUCUCCACCUAAUGCACCAGGGGUGAAGCUUCACUUGACUCCUUUUGAGCUACAGGGGCUGUGGCACCUGGUGGAGGAGUUGGAGUCACUGCCGUCACAUAAGAAAUGCGUGCCUUCGGGAAUACACAAUGCUGCUGCCCUUCUACAUGACUUACAGGCAUUAUUGAAAGAACAUGCUGAAGACAUCCCUGAACUCUCUUACACAGGAAAACCCAUUGUCAGAUGGCCAAAGAGGCCCCCCUGGUACCAGCCCCCUUCUCCUCCUCCACCUGUUAUUCGUCCCAAGCUGGCAGCCACACCUGUUUUUCCACGGGCAUCGAAACCAUCCUCUAAUAUGUCGGUGCUGCGCCGCCGCCGCGUACGCUGUAAACGGUGCGAGGCCUGUCUGCGAACAGAAUGUGGAGACUGCAACUUUUGCAGAGACAUGAAGAAAUUUGGUGGACCUGGCAAACUCAAACAGACCUGUGUCCUGCGCCAGUGUCUCGCUCCUGGUCUGCCGCUCUCUGCUGUAUGUGAGAUCUGUGGGGAAGGCAACCAGGAAACUAGUGAAGAGCUCAUGGAGUGCUCCAACUGUGCUCAGAUUACACAUCCUAGCUGUUUGAAGACAUCUGGUGAGGGAGUGAUAAACAAAGACCUACCAAGCUGCUGGGAGUGUCCUAAAUGUGUUGUGGGCAAAGAGACCGAUUCUGAGUCGUCAGGCAGUGGUGAUGACAUCGCGGCACAGGAUGGGUCAGGGGGGCUUGGGGGUGAGGGCGGGGCAUGGCACAGGGUCGGGCGACCCCCCUCUUCUCUCUCUCACUGGUCGCUCCAGAAAUGGGCCGCAGCCCCUGAGCAGCGGCUCAGGAAGCGGCUAAAACUGGAAGGUGUUAAAACACAUAAACGCAAGUCUUUAUCUCUUGAUCCUCGCGUGGCUAAGAUCUAUCGGCGACAUGGGAUGGAACACGAUGGUGAUUCAGGCAGUGAUGACGAUAGUGCCAAGAUGUCAUCAGUCCGGGGCAGGGUCUCUUCAUCCCGCCGGGGUUAUGGAGCUGGUAGGCGAGGGCUUUGGAGAGGCUCCUCACAUCGAGGGAGUCGAGGGGGAGGCAGCUUGGCAACAAGUUCGCUGAAAAUGAGGAGGGGGCUCGGAGCAAGAGGGGAGAGAGGGGGUCGGGUUAGGCUAAGAGGAGGAUCCCACAUGAGGCGACGGCGCUAUGAAACAGAUGAUGAUGAUGAAGACGACGAUGAUGAUGAGGAAGAUGAUGAUGAGGAGGAGGAUGAAAGUGAUGCAGAGCGACAUCUUGGCCGGUCAGAUAAGGAGCAUCGUUCAAGGAAACGGAGGCGAAGAGUUGACGACUAUGAUGAUGAUGAUGACGAGGAUGAUGAUGAUGAGGAAGACAGUGAGGAACAGGACUUUGAAGGAGAGGAUGAUGAGAUGAGAGACUUAGAUGAUGGAGGAGAGGAAGAUGAAGAUGAUGAGGAUGGAGAGAACCAAUCAGAUUCUGAUCCUGACCCACCCGUCUUACUAGUCUCAGACUUGAAUGAUGACCUGCUGAGCGAUUCCUACCUGACUGUGACCCUCCAGCGUCCUCCAAAGGCCAAACGUGACCCCGGUUCCAUUGUACCCAAACUGGAGGCGGCUAUGUCUCCCCGAACACCUAGCGGUACUGGCUUCAACCAGCGCAAAAUGCUACCCAAGACUCGUCUCAGGAACAGCACCCCGACACCAGCCGGAAAUGGCCUCUCUCAAUCCAAAAGCAUCCACACGUCCGGCCGCCACAUGAGGCGGAGCUCCAACCAGGAUGGUCGAGAGCGAGACACAGAGUCACAGUCUUCUAUGUCUUCUCGGUCCUCUGUUUCUCCACCACCACCUCCUCCAGCAAUCGCCACUUCUUCUCCUCCUUCCCUCCUCUCUCAUCCCUCAUUCUGUGAUGUAGGGAACGAGCGUGGCUGCGAAAAGGACAUUUGGAUGUCAGUGUUCCGUUACUUGGGUCGGAUCGAUAUGGCUGUGUGUAUGAGAGUCUGCAAGGCUUGGUACAAGUGGGUUUGUGAUAAGCGCUUAUGGACACAGAUAGAUCUGAGUCGAUGUCGGGCACUCAGUCCUCAGGCUCUGUCAGCCAUCAUAAAACGACAACCUGUGACGCUUGACCUCUCCUGGACACCAGUAUCAAAGAAGCAGAUUGCCUGGCUCAUUCAUCACCUCCCAAGCUUGAAAGAUCUAGUAAUGUCAGGUUGUUCUUCAUUGUGUGUGUCAGCGUUAAGUUCACAGAGCUGUCCGGGUUUGCGAACACUUGACCUGAGCUGGACCGUGGGUGUCAAAGAUUCACAGAUAAAAGACCUCAUUGUGCAGCCAGGCAGUGAAAGUCGCAGUCGGCUGAGAGGUUUGUUCACUCUGAGCUUGGCUGGUUUGGAUGUGAGCGACUCCACCUUAAAGAUGAUCGUUAGACAUAUGCCUUCAUUGCGCCGGUUAGAUUUGUCCCACUGCCAGGGACUCACAGACCAGUCCAUCAACCUGCUAACUGCUACUGGCUGCAAUACUCGCAACACACUCAGACAGCUUAAUCUUUCAGGUUGUAAUAAGUUGACAGAUGCUUGUCUGUCCUAUAUGAAGCGAUUAUCGGCUCUGGCUCUGUUGGAUCUGCGGGGCUGUAGGAAUGUGACUCGACGUGGCUGUGAAAACUUCAUCUCUGACCUGUCCUACUGCACUGUAUUCUGUCUGACCGAGGACAAACUCAUUCAGAGAAUAUCAUAACAUAAACACAUACAUACACACACACAUGCAUACACACACAGUCUCCGCACAACUAUGCUUAGCAAGCUCACGAGUGCUCCAUCCCACUCAAUACAGGCUCAUCUGGCCUGAAUGGGAGGAUGAGGCCGAAGAAAAGAGACGGAUGGAAGGAUAUGGCUGUUGUUCUAGUAGAAAAAGUAGGUAAAAACAGGCUUGACAGGAGAGGAUAUUUCAUCCGCCGUCUUCGAGUGAAGUGGAGGAUUUUAUUCCCACAACCCAUGUGACGGAUCCAGACACAUUCAGCAUGUGGCUUCUUCUUCUUCUUUGGGCAUUCAGUCCAAAGUGAGUCUUUCACAAGAUGUUGCUAAUAUGCUUCAGACUGAAUUUCAGAAUCUAGCCAAGGUGGGAUUUGGUGAAUGAGGAAGAGAUGGUUUGAUCAGAAAUUCAGUCCAGGUGUGGCCACUGAUGUUCUGAUGAUUUGUUGACGCAGACGAGUUGAAGCAAGGAGAAAGAAAAUGACAGACUUGGCCAAUCCUGAUACUUCUCCUCCACCACAACUUGAUCAAAGAAUAUAGUGGCAGUACAGGAUGAAUCUGAAUCAUAGAGACUGCAGCCAACCAUUUUAUAUCGUUCACUCACACUAA